AUGUCUAUAAUGGAAUACAACGGCGGCUCAGUAGUCGCGAUGAGAGGAAAGAAAUGCGUCGCAAUCGCCGGUGAUUUGAGAUUGGGCAACAGGAACAUGAGUUUGGCGGCAAACUUCGAAAAGGUAUUCCCAAUUACGCAAAAACUAUACGUUGGAUUGCCUGGAUUGGCUACAGAUGUCCUCACUUUGAGAGACACGUUCAGAUUCAGAACAAACAUGUACAAGCUCAAGGAGGGCAGAGAAAUUGAACCGAAUACGUUCGCUCACUUGGUCAGCUCCACUCUUUACGAAAGAAGGUGGUCGCCUUACUUUGUUGAGCCCGUUGUCGCAGGUUUAGACCCAAACAACAGUGAACCUUUCAUAGCAGCCACUGACCUCAUCGGCUGCCUCAACUUUGCUAAGGAUUUCGUCGUUUCUGGUACUGCUUCUGAUAAGAUGUUUGGUAUGGCUGAAAGUCUAUGGGAACCAGAUCUUGAAGCUGAGGAUUUGUUUGAAACUGUCUCACAAACUCUUCUUAACGGUGUCGAUCGUGAUGCCUUGUCUGGUUGGGGUGCAGUCGUGCACUUGAUAACACCUGAGAAAAUUAUCACUCGCUCCCUCAAGUCUCGUAUGGACUGA